AUGCAAAGAAAAGCAGCAAAAAAAGAGUUGUCGCUUCAAUUAGCCAAAUUAGGUCAAUAUUUACAUUACGCUGAUUUAGAUUUAGCCAAUUUAGAUUUUCAAAAAUUAAAUAUUUUGUAUGCUGAUAAGUGUCAAGAAAUUACUACUGCUUUGGCUUGGAUUGAACCCGAACUAAAGAAAAUUGCCAAGUAUGUUUUAGCCGAAGAGCAAGAAAAAUUGCUCAGCCAAGUAAGUAUUUCGCGGCAUAUUUCCACCGAACUUUACGAUACUUUGGCCUAUGCUGACCGCCAACCAAUUUUCCUUGAUUACGAAGGCCAAAAACAAGAAUUAACUUUGACUUUGUAUACUAAAAUUAUGGAAAAAUCACGACCAAGAGAAGACCAAGAUUUUCGCCACGAAGUUAGUCAAAAACGAACCGCUUACUUGCGAGAAAAAAAGCAUUCUUUUGCCAAAAUUUACGAGGGGAUUUUGCGGACAGGUGUCGAGGAAUUAGCCUUACGGGGUUAUCAGUCCACUUUGGAAAUGGGAUUAAUUGGAGACAAUGUUCCCCGUGGAGUUUACGCAAAUUUAAUCCAGAUUGGUCAAAAAAAGGCCCAACUAUAUCGGGAGUUUCUCCAAAUCAAGAAAAAGCAUUUUGGUUUAGCCAAGUUCUACGCCACGGACAACAGUUUAAAAAUGACUCCCCAAUACCGACACCAAUUUACGGUUGACAAAGCUACCAUUUUAAGCAAAAAAGUUCUCCAAAUUCUCGGUCCGGAAUACCAAGAAAAGUUAAAUUUAGCCCUCCAACCCGGAAGAAUUGAUUAUUACGAAGACACUAAUAAGCGGGAUGGUGCCUAUUCUGCUGGCGGAAACGGCGUUGAACCGGUUAUUUUGCUGAAUUGA